AUGGAGUCCGGUUGUUAUAAUGAGUUUGUUCUGACACACGUCUUCGAGAACGUUUCGAAUUUUAAGGAAAGUGAAAGCAAUUUCAGUAAAGUCGAGGAACAUUUCAAUAUUCCAUGGAAGUUAAACGCUGCUCGGAAGAAAACAAAUCUCGCUCUCUAUCUGCGUUGCGAUAAGCUGUGCACUGAUGGAAAUUGGUCGAUUGACACAGAGUUCGAGUUCAAAUUAAUGUCAGUAAAUGGACGAGUGAUUACUCGGAAUAAAAUUCAUACCUUUCGAAGCUCUAGCGAGAAAAAGAUUGCGGACGGACACGGUUGGGGCGACUUCGUCGAAUGGAAUUUAAUGGAAACAAAUUACGCAGUGGAUGACAAAAUAUUUGUAGUGGCCUGUGUGAAAAUCAAAAAAUCAACUGGAAUCAAUAAAACCCAAUUACGAAUUUUUGAUGAGACAGUAUCGGAAUUCUCAGAUGUUGUGCUGACCGUAGAAGAUAAAAAGUUUUACGUUUUGAAAUUGUUUCUCGCUUCUCAAUCCACUUAUUUCAAAUCACUUUUUUUGGGAAAUUUUGAAGAAUCGAAGAAAUCUGAAAUUUCUCUCGCUGACGUCAACUCGGAUGACUUUCAGAACUUCCUAGAAAUUGUUCAUGGAGAAGAUGCUCUUAAUGAUGACACUGUCGACGGAAUUCUGAACCUUGCCGAUAUGUAUGAUGCUCCGUCUGUUCAUAAGAAAUGCGAACAGUUUAUGAUAGAAAAAUCCGAGAAAUCAUUGAAGAUCAAACUGCAGAUGUCGACUCGUUAUAAGAUGAAAAAGUUGCAGAACUUCUGUCUCGUAAAAAUCAAAACGAAAGAGGAUAUUCGAUCAGUGUUGCCAGGAGAUCUCAGCAAAUUGGAUCCAUCCGUCUCGUCGCAUCUCAUGCACAUGCUCGCUUCACUGGAAUAG